UAAAUCCCCAACGUGUAAGUUUGUUGUCCCUGUUCGCUUCAUUUAACAAUCCUUCCUUCUUAGUUCUGCAACCACUUGAUCUUCGCUUUCCCUUAGACGCUCAACAUUCUGAUGGCUCACUAUCCAUCUCAACAUGAAUGAUCCGGAUUCUAUCCGCUGUUGGCGUGAAGCAGACGACGGGAUACACACCCGUCUGUACUACAAUAUUACCAGCGCCGAAUGGAACUGUACAGAGCACUAUGGAAAAUGCGAUUCGUGUCCCAAGUCCCAAAGUGACCCUGACAUCGCCGGCAUUGGUCCGCGCAAAUGCACCGUCAAAACUAGCUCUAGAACUACAAUGGCCUACGCCUGGGCCGGAAAAACCGUCGCAAAGAUUAUCGGAAGGAAGCACGCCGUCCGAUGCGCCAAGAUUUGCUACGACAUGGUCAUCUGUCUGGGGGAUCAACAACUAGUCGGCUCGGUCGCCCUACUGCUAGCAACCAUCAAAAAGCUUCACUUAGAUAAGACCCUCAGCGUCUACCAUUUCGCCCUUGUCUUGGGAAUGGUGUUCCUGAGCUCUACCGCUUUUACCUACGCCAUGAUUUGCUACCGCUUGAGGCAUCAAUGGGAUUCCGAGGAUGACGGUUGUACACGACGUCUACGACACCAGCAGCAUGAUCCUCACCCAUGGUACAGACGUUUGACAGAAGGACUCCAUUGGGCCAUCAGAAUCUUCUUCAGGCUCUGCCUAGUGGCCUUGUUGCUGUACAACAUUUCGGUCGCAGCAAGAAUGAAGGACCUGCCAUGGGAUUGCCCGGCGAUAUGCUUCAAGGACAAUCCAGGAUACGACUGGAUAUCCAUGUCGGCGAUUUUGCCCCCAUUAAUUAUGUUGCCCUUCGCUAUCCAGUCCAGUAUCACCGACUGCAUCCAGUUGGCUUUGGCUCAUAACUGGUGGGAUCCCAAGGCUUUCCUUGCCCUCAUGUCAAAAAAAAUACAGAGUCUUUUGACGUGGUAUCGAUAUCAAUUACCCGAGCAUCUCCGUCGGCUGGAAGAGGAAACCAAGGAGGAGAUACAGAUGGGAGUUGGUCAGACUAUGGCCGUUAUUCUUCUCGUGCUUCCUAUCAUUCAACUGCUUAUCUCUGUCUCAGUACACUACGGAGAAAUCGACAAACCAACACAGAACGCCGGAUCGGACGAUUCUAAUACAGAUAUCAAUGUCGAUGUCGACAUCACUGAUGAUACUGAAGAGAUCAUCAAUCAGUCUACAGGAACUCCGAGUGCAGGGCGAUAUCCUUGGGGGCCCUUUUAACGAGUCAAGUAAUUUCUUACUUCACUACAUGCUACAAGAGACAUUUGGCCAGGCUCGCGGAUGGCAAUUGCACACAGAUACACGGGUGGAACUGGGAAUCGGAGAUUGUCCAUGAAGGUAUACAUGUGCCUACAAGAUAGAGCGGAGGGAAGUGGCUUACGAAUCGAGAGUCUG